AUGCCCAGUAAACAGGCAAACGACGUUUUAGCCAUGGAAGAAUUAGUACAUGAAAUCAAAGAAAAUUUACGUUUAAAAGCAAAUCCAUCGAGAACGAAUCGAAGUUCACGACCAUCGCCAUAUCACAUACCAUGUCGUUCAUGGAGCGGCGAACCAUCGGCCACCACCUGCGAUCAUACGCAAACAAAAACCGGCAAAACAAAUAGCAACGUACACAAUAGUAAAAAACAACAAGAUGAUUCAAUAGACGAUCCGUAUGAAUUAUUGCAAGCCCUUCUAAAAAGUAAUAAUCUAGUUAAAGAGGCUGUACGACGGCUGCAGCUCAACAAUAUAUCGCCGAAACAACGAUAUUUCUAUGAAAGUGAUGAAGAAAGUCGAUCGCCGAUGAUUCGAAUGUGUCAACUGGAAUUGUAA